AUGGAAUAUGCUAAGUUGGGCGCAAUUCUAUUACAAGAGACCUGGGUGCAUAACGAAAUUGAUGAAGAGAUUACUAAAAUCGAUGGCCUCAUCGGAUACCGAGUCGAUCGUCCGACAACAUAUCGGAAGCGUGGAGGUGGCCUGGUGACUUAUAUCAACAACAAUUGGUGCAAGAAUGUAAAGCAAACAUUUGCUCAUUCCACUGGUCACAUGUGCUUCCGUACAUGA